CGGUUUGUUUACAAUUUUAUUCGCCUAUUAUUUUCUGCAAUGUCCGAUGAAGAAGAUGACUACAUGUCAGACAAGUUCUUAUCUGGGCUACAGGAGGUACGUCCCAGUUUAAUAAACAGUCGCGUCAAGAAGCGUCAAGUUGAAGUGCAGACAAAGCAGGCGGAGAGCAACAAGCGACAACGCGAAGCAUCCAAAGCGACCUCAGUUGACAAUAGCCGUCUCCAACAGACACUAAGCCAGCCACUUGCUGCAGACAACAAGGGCUUCCAGCUGCUGACCAAAAUGGGUUACAAGGCGGGUAGUGGACUUGGCAAACAGGCUGAUGCCCGCAUCGAACCCAUUGGCAUCAGCAUUAAAAACGAUCGUGGUGGACUGGGACGUGAAGCAGCCAUGGCCGAGUUGGCAGCUAAGAGGCAGGAACUGCGACGAGCACAUUUGCUGCGUAAGGCGGGGAUUGAUUCAGGCGAGGAUCUCAGCUCAGAAGCAUAUCGACGACGAGCUACGCAGAAGGCAGAGGAACGCAAGCUACUCUACGAUGUAAAGCGCUGUCAGCAGACGUGCGAGUCGUUGGAUCUGGCAGCAGGAGUUACAGAGCCAGCACUGGACUUCUUCUGGCCUGCCAAGCCUAUUGAGAAAACGGAUGAAGAAGCUGAUAUCGAAGAGGCGGAGCUAGAGGAAAAGGAGGAGCAGUAUAGCGUUAAGGAGCAGCUAGAUCUACUAAUUAGCUAUCUACGCACUUCAUAUCAAUUCUGCUAUUGGUGUGGCACUCACUACGAAAACGCUGAAGAUUUGGACAGCAAUUGCCCUGGUUUGACACGUGAUGAUCAUUAA